AAAGUGAACCUUUGGGCUCCAAAUCUCAAUUGUCACUGCGUUGGAGAGGAAUGGAUUUGGGUGGAAGCCGAAUGAAUGGUCGUUAGCUGUCUCUCCCGCCACAAUCUUUCUCGCUCUUUCCUUCACUUCCCAUGGCCUCCUUCUUCCUCUCUCUUCCUCCAUUCAUUCGCAUUCCUUCUGCUUCAUCUUCUCACCCCAUGAUGUCAGAGAUUCAGAAAUGGAACGUUGGAGUUUUCAAGACAUGGAAUCUCAAAGCAUUUCCCUUAAGUCCAGUUAACUCCAGGAGGAGGAGAACUUUAAUAUAUGCAGUCAAUCAAGAUGCUGAGGACGCAUUCAAGAAGACUGUAGAAGUAGAUAGACUGAUAGAUACCCUGAGGAAUGCAAGUUCAAUAGAGCUUCAGAAACUUGUCCUUCAAAAUGUCCUAGCUUUCAAUGAGAAUUUCUGGAUUCGACUAGCAGCAAGAACAGAUACCUGCAAAUCAGAGGACGAUAAAAAAGAUUACGAAGAAUUGGCUGCCUCAGUAAUGAGUAUAGUGGAUCACCUUGUCCAUAAAACUAAGGAAAAAAUAGAAUCAUCUACUGAUAUUCUUAAGGAGAUUCUAAAACCUGUAGUUGACAAUGUGGAAGAGAUAGCUUGGCCACCCAGGGAUCCUGGGGCACUGAAGCUAAUGGAAAAGGAAAUAAUCCAUCGGGAGCAAGAAGGGCAAUUAGAUGAAGGCUUUCUCGCAGAGGUUAGUGCUCAACUACGGCAGGCCAAAGAAGAUGGAGACAAGCCAGGGUUAGAGGCUAUGUUACAAAAGGUUUUGCAACUCUAUGCAUCCAGAGUUCUUUCUAAGAGAAGUUAUGCAAAGAAAGGAGAGGAAGUCUUGAAAGCUGAACUGUUUUUAGAAACCAUAAUCAAAGCUCCUGAAGAAGAGUGGAACAAGCUCUUGAUUAAUGGAUUAACCAUCGGAAAAGGCGAGGUCUUACCAAAUGAACUAGAUAGUGUCAUUAAGAAACGAAUUGAGCGGACUCUAAUACGAACAGAGGGAGGAUCUUACCAACAGCGCGUGCUCACCGAGUAUCUAAAAGGAAUCCAAUCAAGAUCAGAGGAGAUAACCCAGGUACUCCAAGGCAAGACGCAGUAGCUCGGGUUGGGUGCUGUUGUAAUGAAUUGACGAAAAGUUUACUGGCAACGUGGAAGCAAAUAUGAGGAGUUUCCAACUAUAACACUCUGUGAUUGAACAGGAAAAAUUAUUCAUGCCAUGUUAGCAGUACUCCAAAGGUACGAGCAGUAAUAUAGUGCAUCAUAUGUUUUACUCAUUCUCAUUUAGUCUAUCAAUUUUUUAUUCUUGUUGUAAUUAAAUGUUCUAUGGAUGAUAUUCAAAACUAACUCUACGACAGUUUUUCCGUACUAUUAAUUUAGAGAUCAACCUUGCCCUCUCCUACUGCCAAUAUGCAUAUUAGGUUUCUCUUACAUACUUUUGUAGAAUAAAUAUAAUUAUUUAACAUUCAUGACUUUUGGCUA